AAUAGCCUGAAUGAAGAAUUUUUAUUUAUACAAUUACUUCAUCUUUCAUUUCAGGCCAAAUCCAAGGAUGUUGUGGGAAAAUUAAUUAAUGAUGCUUUCAACUAUAGAAAUGGAAAAGGUUAUUAAUAAUUAAAAUAUAAUGUUAGAUUUCAUUGAGGAAACAUUCAAAAUAAGUACAUCUUGAGGCAUGUAUAUUCAGGCAGUACCUAAUUAAUCUUAGUAUCUAAUCUGCACAUUAUGUCAGGGGAUUUUAAAUAUUUAAAGACUUCAGCUCACUUUUACGAAGUUACAUUAUUCCUCUGCAAUAUCUCCUUGCAACUAACCCUCUCCUCCCUAUCAAACCACUUAGUAGCCAUAUCACUCUUAUAACCCCCUUCCCCCUCUGACAAGCCCCCUCUAAAAUUCUACCAUAAUCCCACCCCCACCCUAAUAAUUCCUAUCUAAUACCUUCCUCUAAUAAUCCCCCUUAUAACCACUAUCUUAUAACCCCCUCUAAUAACUUCUUUCUAAUAUCCCCUCUAAUAGCCCCCCCCCCUUAACCACCCCUCUAACAACCCUCAUUUCAUCACUACUAGCUAACCACCCCUCUCUAACAACCUCCCUCUAAUAAACUCCUCGAUUAAUAACUCCACUCCCUCUGACUCUGAAAGAAUCCUAUAAAAAAUCAUGGGAGAAUCCUACGAGAAUCUUCUCUCAAGGCUUAGUGCUAAUUAAUUUGCUAUAGAAACAUUUAACACAAUUUAGCAUGAAGCUUCAUUCUCACACUAUUGUAUGUGGGCAUUCAUCCAUAAUUUGCAAAUGGCCUAUUGUGUUUGUAAAUGUCCUUUUAGCACUUCUUAAAUACCUCACAGUGCUGAAAACGAAUUAAAUUUAUUAAAAUAUAUUUAUACUGUACUUUAUUUAUAAUGAUCAAAUUCUUUCUUUUUAAUUAGUGCCUGCAGUUGUGUAUAGUUCAAUCACAGAAGCUCUGGGUUGUGAGAAUACAGAAGCUGAUCAACUGUUCUGUAGUUUACAGCAGUUGGUCAAAAAUUGUUUGUAUGAAAACGUGGCAGACAGACAGUCUAUUGCCGCAUUAUUUCCAGGUAAAAUACCAGGUAACAUUUCCUUGUUAACUUAAGGCCAUGUUACACGGUACAAUUCUUCUUGCAACUUGCAAUGCAAUUCUACUCUUGAGAGAUGUAAAAUUACCUAAUACGAGUCUUCAUUACACUCCGCUUCAGGAUGUUUUCUCAACAUAUCGAAAAUUUUUCACAGAUUUCACUAAUUAACUUCUCUCAAGACUAGAAUUGCAUUGCAAGUUGCAAGAAAAAUUGCACCGUGUGAUUUUUGCUGCGAUUUUAGAUCGGAUUUUCUCCUUUUGGACGAUGUAAAGGAGUGGAUGAGUUAUAAAUGUUCCAACUUAUGAAAUCUCAUAACAACAUCAUUAGUAAUCUACUCCUUCAGAUCUUCCAAAAGGAGAAAAUCGCAACUAAAAUCGCAGCAAAAAUCGCACGUGUAAACGGGCCUUAACGUGGCCUUUAGAGAUAACACUAUUUGGGUUCACUCAUAUUCCUGGUUAAAUUGAAUAAAUUCCUGGGUUAUUUUAUCUAACUUCCCACCAUGGUCUGGUUUAUGCAACGAAAAACAAACAGUUUGUACCAGUGUGAGUAAGACCCCGUUCACACGAUACCGGCAGAGUUUGAAAACGAAACGAAAUUCUUACGUUUAGGGGUUGCGUUCACACGAUGCCGGUAUAAAAACAUGUGAAACUGUAACGCUAACCGUAAGAGUUUGAAAAUGGUAUGCAAACCGUAAGAGUUUGAAAACGGAACGAAAUACAGGGUGUUAGCCAGAAAAAAAGUUUUGUCCGUUAAACGUAAAUUGGGAACGUUUUUUUUUUUGAUCAAUCAAAGUCCUUGUGUACGAAUAAUUGGUGUUUUUUUUCAACGUGUUUCCUUAGAUGCAAACAACGGUAGCUUGGUUUUGUACAUUUCAUUUCCGGUGAAUGAACACUGAAAAUGCACCCGAUGGGGCGAUGGCACUUCGUUUUGUAUAUUUCAUUUCCUGUGAAUGAACACGGAUGUACACCGAUUACACUUUGUUUUGUACAUUUUAUUUCAGUGAAUACACACCCAAUAUGAAUGAAACGCGAUACAUUUUGAGAAAAAGUAAAUAAAGCGUUCUUUGAUAUAAUAAUGUAAUAUAAAAUCAAACGCAUUGCACUUUCUCAUCAGAAAAAAUGAAAAUCUUCCAGUAGACCCAGUUGGGAAAGCCCCUUAGCUACUUCAAAUGGGAAGAGUCCGUCAAACGGACAGUAUUAGGGCUAGCUAACACCCUGAAAUACUACCGUCAGAGUGCCGUGUGAACGCCUAACCGUAAGAAUUUCAUUACGGUUAUGCAAAAUGAAAUUAACAAAACUGCAAAAGUUGUUGUUGGUUAUUUUAUUCUGUCUAUUUUAACUGAUUUGUGCAGCAUAUUGUCAAAGCGGAAUAUAAUCUGCCGGUAUCGUGUGAACAGUUGAAACCGUGAUGAUUUUCUGCCGGCAGAAUUCCAUGCCGGUAUCCUGUGGUCUAAGUAGAGCGAACAACACCAGAAAGCUGCGCAUUGAGAGGGAUUUAACUACCUGAAAAAUACAAGCAAAACUUGAUGGAACAAAACCAUGUUCUAAUUAACAAUUAGUCGCCGAAGGCGAGGUGAUUACAAGCCUAUAUUCACUGAGCCGAAGGCGAAGUGAAUAUAGGCUUGUAAUCACCGAGCCUGAGGCGACUAAUUGUUUUAGUAUAAAUUUCCAGGUGUUUACAAACAAUAAUCCACACAACUUUAUAAAAAUUCACUUCAAAUAAAUUUAUUUUCACUAUAAAUAGUUUGUUUACAAAAUUUAAAUCUCAGACACGGCUCUGUGUCGCGUUGCGACUAAGCCCGUUUUUUUCCAAAUAAAAACACGUAAAGUUAAGUAUUUUACCUUGAAAUAUUUUUAAACCAUAUUUUGCAGCUUGUUUGGGUUUUUUUAGAAUGCUAUCUUCUUUAAUUUUGGCAAUUUCCUCCUCUGUUACUACGGCAAAACGAGCAGCCAUUUUGAAAAAAAAGCUAUAGUCACUGACCAGUGACUAUGACUUCAGAGACAGUGAAUCUUGACCAAUCAGAAUGCAGAAAAUCAAUAGUCACCUGGAAAUUUAUACUAACAUUCAUUAUAAUAUAGCAUUUGUAAAUUCUGAACGCUGAUUGGCUAAGAGCCGUGUUGAUAUAACUCAAUGUCAACACGGAAACGUCGGAAAAUUUCUUUCUUUAUAUUUCUUUGUGAUAUAUUAUAAAACAAAUAUAAAACAUUUUUUCCGUAUUGGUAUACAGUAUCAACACUCAUGGAAAUUGGGAAAACUCGAAAUUGUGUGAAAACACUCCUCCUUCUGGCGUCGUGAUUCCACACAAUUUCUCGUUUUCCCACUUCCACUCGUGUUGAUAUAACUGCAUGUAUAUCAACACGGAAAAUGCUUUAUGUUUGUUAAAUGUAAACCAGGACAUCCGGAUCAAAUACAAUCAGAUUCAUGGUCACAUUAACCCUCUGAUAUGAGAUAAAAUAACCAGAACAUUUAACGAGGAAUAUUUUGUCAAAAAGAUAAAUAACAUAAUUAAACAAUGGACUAAACUUACUGUAUUAUGGGAAAAUACAGACAGUGAAGUAUUGACCAAGUUCCACUAUUAGUAUAUCCGGUUAUCAUCUGACUGCUAUCCGGCUAUCAUUUCCCCUGACUGCAGUUGGUAUCCGGUAGACUACAUCCGGUAUCCGGCACAAGAGUAUCCGUCACAUCCCUACUGUAAUGUUUAACAGAGUUCAAUCCUGCAAGAAACCACAUUUGUUUAUUGAGCUAAAAUUAUAUGGGUGGUUGUAUCCCUAUCGAUUGUACAAGUAGUUCCCUUGACUGAAUUGAUAGUAGACUGCACAGCAGCAGACAUAUCAGCUUUUCUUGUUGUAUUGGGCUUUUAUUCCAGGAGUAUUUGUUCGUAAAUUUGAAAGUGGAUUACCUCACAUAAUUUCAUUUUAUCUAUUUUUGUUCAGGAGAUUUUCAUAAGAACUUGAAAGAUCUACUUGCCAAGAUCAUUUCAGAUCAUAUGUAAGUACCAAACUCACCUUCAUUUAUGUUCUCAUUGUUCUGUCA